AUUCUAUGUGACUCAUCUUUAGUCUAACUCAUUCAGCUGUUAAAUCUUUGUUCUGUGUAGUGCUCACUUCAGCAUCUGCUUGCAAAGCUAGUCUAGGCUAAGCUGUUUUGGAUGCUGCUUUAGAAAAUAAGGAAUAUUUUAUUUUGCUGUGGACUGAAUAAUCUGAUUUUCUCCCGACACAGUUGGAAGGGAGAAGAAAGAAUAUUUAUUUUGUUCAAGGAUCCAAGUUAUUGAAAGUGUUUGUACUCACCAAAGCUUGGAGAAAGAAGUCAACCCCACCAGCUGUUGUGAACAUUCAUCUUGAAGCAAUGUCUCUUCAGUCCUUCCGACUUGCUCUUGUGAUUAUUUCAGUGCUCCUGGUGAUUUUAACAUUCCCAGAUGGGUUGAGUGGAAACAAAUUGCGCAAGAUGAUCGAGAAGAGAAGCGCAGAUAAGAAAUUGGCUGUUUCAGUUCCUGAGUCCCAGGCUAAAGCAUUCUUGAACAGCUUGAAGCGUUCAAAACGUUAUAUAUGGGAUAGAUCUCGUGAUGAUGUUCAGCAGUGGUAUCAGCAGUUUGUGAACAUGGGAUAUUCUGAAGCUCAAUUUGAAGAUGCCGCUGCAUACUGGCUGGGUGUGCAUCAGGGCACAGGUGAUGAUGAUCAUGUCCGGUAUUACAUUCAUCAACGUUACGAUGGUAAUUCUCCAGCUGGCCCUUAUUAUUCCCAAUCUAUACGUAUUGGUGCUGAUGUUAACUAUGAUGACUAUUAAAGCAAAAUGUAAUGAAUAAGUAUUAUGUGGUUUAGCUUUAUCUUCCUGUUUGCAUGAAAUGUAUUAGUUUUCUUGACCAAGAGAUUUCCAAUUCAUAAACUGAAUGUUGUCACUAUACUGAACAACCUAAUGUGCAUCAUUUAGAAUGUAACUUUUGUACUCCUAUAGUUUGCUGGGUAAUUCCUUGAAUCAGAACAUAUGGUUUCUGAAAUGUAUUUGCUUUAAUUAACUGGCUUUCUACACUUUCAAUAAACUUUACAAGAAGUGUUA